AUGGAAAAUGAGUUUUCGGUAUACGAAACAAAAUAUUUUGUAACGAAUUCUCAAAUUGUCAAAGCUAUUCGCGAAAAAGUUAAUUCCGAUGGAAUUUCUGCUAAAACAUCUGACGCUAUAGAUCGUUUAGCUGAUCAGCAAUCGAUAUUUCUAGAAAAACUAGGUUCGGCUCCGUUGUCUGCCAAUGAUUCGAAUACUACAAAACUUCCUUCGAUAAUUGUGCCACCAUUUAGCGGCAGCUAUAAGGAUUGGCCUUCCUUUAGGGAUUUUUUCUUGGGGUCAGUUGAUACGAGGAAAAAUCUUAGUCCAACUCAUAAAUUUCAUUAUUUGAAAUCCUAUUUGCGCGGUGAUGCAGCUAAUCUAAUAAAACACAUUGCAAUUAGUGAUACAAAUUAUCCCGAAGCAUGGGAUCGCUUAGAAAAACGUUAUGAUCGGUGUCAAUUAAUCGUACAAUCAUUUAUACAAACCUUUUUGUCGCUUCCUUCUGCCAGUGUCUCUAAUGUACAAACAUUAAGAAAAAUAUCUGACGGUGCCGAUGAAGUUGUGCGUGGGCUAAGUGCUUUGAACAAAUCGGGCCGCGACCCAUGGCUUAUUUAUUUGUUAUUAAACAAAUUGGAUUCCGAUUCAAAACAAUCUUGGGCAGAACAUAUCGGAUCUCGGGAAGAUUGCACAAUAAUAGAAUUUUUAGAAUUCUUAGAAGAGCGGUGUGAUGCUCUUGAAGCAUGCCAAUCUCUUAACAAUCGUUCGGUAACAUCGCGUACAAAGCUAUCGAAUAGCAUUCGGGCACAUUUAGCUGGGCCUUCAGAUUCAGCUUCAACAUCUAAAUGCCCAAUGUGUCAAGACAGUCAUAUCCUUCCACAGUGCUCCAAAUUCGUCGGGUUAGACGUUGAAUCUCGCCGAAACUUUGCAAAGACAAAUCGUUUAUGUUUCAAUUGUCUUCGUGCUGGGCAUUCGUCGAAAAAUUGCCAUUCAUCGUUUCGUUGUAGGGUGUGCAAAUCACGCCAUCAUUCGCUAGUGCACCCAGUUGAAAUCAAUAAUUCAAAAUCAUCUUCUGUAUCUUCUAAUCAGCUUCAAUUACCGUUGUCAAAUCUCGCUACAUCUAAUAUACCGGUCAUUAAUAAUCAUUCGCUUGAUCUUAGCUGUCAGAAGAAAACUCUUCUACCAACCAUCUGGGCUAAAAUUGAAGACGUUCAAGGAAAUUUUAUAAACUGUCGGGUGCUCCUUGAUUCCGGGUCACAGUCUUCAUUUAUUGUUGAAUCUUUUGUUCAAAGACUCGGUGUUCAACGAACUCAUUCGAAAAUUCCUAUCCUCGGUUUAUCAUCGACAGAGAUAGGAUAUACCAAAGGUCGCAUAUCCUUAAAUAUUCAUUCUCGUUGCAACUCGUCACAUCUGUUCGUUGAUGCCUUUAUUCUCGACAAAUUGACUUCCAAUUUACCAUCUAAAUCCAUUGACGUUUCAUCUUGGUCUUAUAUUUCAAAUCUUGAACUCGCUGAUCCAAACUUUAACAUCGCUGCUCCUAUCGAUAUUCUUCUUGGUGGUGAUAAGCUUUGGACCAUUAUUAAAGGUGGACAAAUUCGAGGUCCUGAUGGAUAUCCAAUCGCCCAAAGUACUUCGUUUGGGUGGGUCAUUACGGGACAAUUCUUCGAACGAGAAGAAUCAAAUCAUUUUCUCUCGUGUUAUUCUACUAUCGACAUAGAUAACUCGAUGCAACGGCUCUGGGAACUUGAGGAAGUUGCUCCAGCAAUUCAUUCAAUUGUCGUCGACCAAGCAGAAGAACACUUUCGCCAGACAUUUUCUCGUUCUCCAGAUUUGAAGUAUGUAGUUCAGCUUCCAUUUAAAACACCAAAUCCGUCGUUCGAAAAUACUCUUUCACUCGCUGUUUCUCGUCUUCAUGCAAUGGAACGUCGUUUUAAUCAAAAUCCAAAAUUGCGAGAGUUGUAUUCUAAUUUUAUGCGAGAAUACAUUGACUUAGGUCAUAUGACUCGAAUUCCUAACGAUGAAAUUAAGGUCUCUAAUGGCAGGUGUUUUUAUCUGCCUCAUCAUGCGGUCUUGAAACCGGACAGCUCGUCCACAAAAUUGCGUGUCGUUUUCGAUGGCUCAACUAAAGACUCAGCAGGAAAAUCCUUGAACAGUACACUGUUAGUAGGCCCUCCGAUUCAACGUGAUCUGAUAGGUGUGUGUUUACGCUUUCGACGACAUCCUUUCGUGUUCACGGCGGACGUAGUUAAAAUGUUUCGCCAAAUUUGGAUAGAGGAUCCCCACGCUGAUUACCAACGGAUUGUUUGGCGCGAUUCUCCUUCCAAAGAAAUAGAACACUAUCGAUUACAUACCGUUACAUACGGUACAGCACCCGCUCCGUUUUUGUCCGUUCGCGUAUUAAAACAGCUUGCAAAAGAUUACCGAUCCGAGUAUCCAAAUGCAGCCCGUGUUCUUUUGGAAGAUGUUUAUGUUGACGACGUGAUGACAGGGGCAAAAUCUACCAAGGAACUCAUCGAAUUGCAGUCGGAAUUAGUUGCUCUUCUAUCAAUGGCCAAACUUCAGCUGCGAAAAUGGAGUUCUAACAGUUGGUCACUUCUUGCUUCUCUUCCAAAGGAAGAUUGUGUGUACGCUUUCUUUGAUACAGAACGCUCAAAAUCGUUUGUUAAGGUGCUUGGUAUGCAUUGGAACCCUUCAAGUGAUGAAUAUGCUUUUCGUAUGUCAAAAGUACUUCCAACCAUUUCACUUACCAGGCGUUCAUUGUUGUCAGAAGUGUCGCGGAUAUUUGACCCAUUAGGACUGUUAGCGCCUUCAGUCGUGCUUUUCAAAAUCCUCUUUCAGGAACUCUGGUCUUCAGACUUAAAACUAGGAUGGGACGACCAGCUGCCUCUGGGAUUAGCUGACCGAUGGGCAAGCAAAAACAAAGGUCGCUCCACUGAAGCCGAUUUCAAUCCCCCGUUUGGAGCUAUGUGGGCCUUGCUAUUAGUUCGCCUGAUCAACCUAAUCAAAACAUCGCUUUCGUACAAAUUUUCAAAAACUGUGGCUUGGUGCGACUCUGAAAUAGUGUUGCACUGGCUCUCUUCACCUCCUCGUCGCUGGGUUACCUUUGUCGCCAACAGAACCGCUGCUAUACUGGAAGUUACACCAAGGAGUUGCUGGCGCCAUAUAUCAUCAGAGUCAAAUCCAGCAGAUUGUUCGUCGCGCGGUGUUACUCCGUCGAAUCUCCCGAACCAUCACCUCUGGUGGACUGGUCCAUCAUGGUUGUGUCUGGAGGAGAAUGCAUGGCCUAAACCCAAAUUCGUAACCUUACAACAAGAAAAUAACGAAAUUUUACUCGAACAAAGACUAUCUCCGCAUCAAGUGCUCCAAACUUCAGUGAAAAAUUUUGAUGUCAUUGAUCAUAUAAUCAAAGAUAUCCACAAAAAUAAUCUUCAUCCAGGAGUCUCCGCAACAUUUGCCAUCGUAAGGCAGCAGUUUUGGAAUUUGGGAUGUCGAAAUUCAAUCCGCAAGAUUGUUUUCAACUGCAAAAGAUGCUUCAAACUGCGAAAAAGUACUACUUCGCAACUAAUGGGUGAUUUGCCAUCACAAAGGAUCUCGCAAAGUCGUCCCUUUUCGAAUACUGGAUGCGAUUAUGCAGGGCCAUUCAACAUAAAAUUGUCCAAAGGUCGUAAUCCCAAGACGUCAAAAGCAUACAUAUGCCUAUUUGUGUGUAUGGCCACUAAAGCCAUCCACCUCGAGCUAGUGAGUGACCUUACUUCCGAAGCGUUUCUUGCCGCAUUUCGUCGAUUUGUGUCUCGUCGUGGAUUAUGUUCGAACGUUUACUCGGACAAUGGAACCAACUUCCAAGGCGCACGUCGGUGUCUCAACGAGAUGCACAAGUUGGUGUUAUCAGAAGCGUAUAACGAAGAUGUUGCAACGUCACUUGCAUCGCAUGGCACUUCAUCCCCCCAUCGUCACCACACUUUGGCGGUCUUUGGGAGGCAGGUGUCAAGUCCGUCAAAUUUCACCUUCGACGAGUAG